AGUUUCAUCAAUUCAAAUAUCUGUGUAUUCAUCUCUCAAUCAUGACAUCUUAUCACGAUGAGAAAAUGACGAUAGAGGAACUGCGGUUCUUCUACAGGAUUGAUCGAGAGAUUUACAGAUAUUUAGCAAUUACCUUAGGGAAAGAUCCUUUGCGUUCGAUGGCAAUUAUUGCUUUAUGGAUUUCCAUGGAAGAGAUGGGGUAUCCAAGUAUCAUACUUGAAUUGCUUACAUACCAAAGCGAUAUCAUAACGAAUUCCGCAUGCGACGAAGCAGAAUGGGCAGUAUAUUAUAUCAUUACCGGUACUCCUCCUCCUCCUCCUUUUUACCGCACUGCAGUAACGGACAUGAAUACAACGUUAACACUGAUACGAGAUUCUGGGUCUGCAAUGUACGUUUCUAUGAAAUAUCUGUUCGAACAUGGAGCAAUUGGGUAUUCUUCUCUCAAACAAAUAAUAGGAAAUCUUUGCUCCAUAAUGUUUGCAGAUAUCUUGAGAAAAGCAAUGUUGAAGAAUGGUUUCGGUGACAAUCCUAAUGAUCUGGUUAAUGAUCGUGCUGAUGAAGACACUAAUAUUCCCGAGGUAGAACUCGAUAAUUCGGCACCAAUUAAGGUCGAGGCAGGUUCGUCAUCUGGUACUACACAGGGUGAGAAUAUUUCUGAAUUUGUUAGGACCUCGUCAUUCUUGACAACAUUUGAGGAACAACCAACAGUAGAAAUUAUUCCACCAUGUAAACGAACUUUGUUCGUUAUAUUCUCUAGAGGAUUUCCAAUUUCAGAAGAUCAAAUUCGUGAAUUCUUGGUCAGGACGAAUGGUGAAAAUUGUGUUGAAAGCAUCUGCAUGCAACAAGUUAGGCCCCCUCAACGACGUCAACCAAUGUAUGCUAUGAUUGAAUUCCAUGCAACCGAAACAAUUGAUAAGAUCCUAGCCGGAGAAGAUAAAGUUCGCUUUUUCAUUAGUGGAUGUCAUAUCCAGGCCAGAAGACUUGAAGCAAGGGAAGGCUAGCUGUCGUUAAUAGGCGUGCAACAUUUACUGGGAUCCAUAGUCUUAUAAUAAAAUUACAUACUGUUUGUCAUCGUUUGGAAGGCACUAUUGCCUUGGAAUUUUCUGUUUAUGUUUCUACAAAACUGCUCCCUUCAUGAGCUUUGGUUAAAUGCACCAGAAUCAAUAAUCUGUUUCUUAUUAACUGUGCUCACUGAAUAUUUAU